CACGCGACUGCUCAAACUCACAUGGAGUGGAUUAUUGAUUCGAAUUAAGCAUCAAUUUCAAUCUUUUCAGUGCAAUUAAAAUAUGUUUUCAUGUUAGUAAUGUUUUAGAUUUAUUUGUUCCUAAUUUUCCUCUAACAACAUGGCGACAGAUGCAAAAAGACCAAAGAGGGAGGAUGGAAGCUCAGACUGCAGUGUGGAUGUGUCACUCAACAGCUUCUUACUGUGGUGUGAUGAAGUCAGUCUGAACCUCAGCAACAAGGUGUACCUCAGUAAAGAAGGCACAGUAGCAGCCUAUGGCAUGCUUGCUAAAGAAGACAUAGAGGAAGGCCAUGUCCUCUUCUCCAUCCCCAGAUGUGCACUUUUACAUCCUGGCACUUCCAAAACUAAAAAAGUCCUUGAAGAAGAAGAGAACCGUUUGGAGAGCCCGUCCGGCUGGGUUCCACUCCUCCUGGCGUUGAUGUACGAGUACACCUCGGCCGGGUCGCACUGGAAGCCCUAUCUAACCCUCUGGCCCGAUUUCAGGAAGCUGGAUCACCCCAUGUUUUGGUUGAAGGAGGAGAGGGAGAAGCUGUUGAAGGGGACGGGCAUUCCUGAGGCAGUAGACACGGACCUGUCCAACAUCCAGCUGGAGUAUGAGGACACGGUUUUGCCCUUCAUGCUCUCGCACCCGGAGCUAUGGGACCCCGAGCGCCACACUCUAAAGCUCUAUCAGAGUCUCGUAGCUUUCGUCAUGGCCUACAGCUUCCAGGAGCCGAAUGAAGAUGAGGAUGAAGAUCCCAAUCCUCCGAUGAUGGUGCCAAUGGCAGACAUGCUCAACCAUGUGUCUAAUCACAACGCCAACUUAGAGUACACACCAGAGUGUUUAAAGAUGGUGGCGGUGCGGCCCAUUAAAAAAGCUGAGGAGAUCUUCAACACCUAUGGUCAGAUGGCCAACUGGCAGCUCCUGCACAUGUACGGCUUCACCGAGCCUUUUCCCACCAACACCAACGACACGGCCGACGUCCAGAUGACCGCCGUGUAUAAAGCGGCUCAGCAAGCGACACAAAAUGAGGCUGAGCAGCGCCUCCUGGUGGACAAAUGGAAAAUGCUGCACGAUAUGGACAUAGUCGGGGAAAAGGGCGUGUUUGUCUUUGGAAAGAACGAUUCGCUAACAGACACAGAGCUCUACAUGACGCUGAAGGUGAUCUGCAUGAGCAGAGAGGAAUUUCAAGUCUUCCAGGAGAACGAAGGCUGGGAAGAUGACGAGGAUGAAGACGAGGAUUCCAGAGCGGCCCAGGCUCUGAGUUUUGACGGGAUUCCCACGUUGGCUCCCGAAUGGAAACGGCUGCUGCACACGGCUGCCGGCUUUACGCUGAACGUGUACGCCGAGGACGUGGAGUCGGAUCUCAGGGUGAUGGAGGAACCAAAAGCUCUGGCUAAACUCAGCCACAGAGAGAGGAGAGCGCUGGACGUCCGACUCGGCCAGAAGAGCAUCCUCAGGAAGCUUCAGCAGCUCACACACACCAGUACAACUUAGUAAUAUAGUAACAGGUUGUGUAAUAAUUCUGUUAGGAUCUUCUCAGGGCUUAAACAUGUACAGCUUAAUCAAUUACAUAUUCUGUUAAGUAAGAUACCUGUAUUUACUAUCUAAACAUUUUAAAGCAAACUUAAGGAUAAAAUAUAUAAAAGCCCAAACUAUGAUGGUGUCAUUGUUGAGUUGUUAAACAAGAUGGAACCAUUUUACUCCUUGUGGAUUUGUAAAAUUAUAAAGAUAAACAUGUAUGAGAUUUGCACGUCUUUACAACUCAAGAAGUGAAGAACAUGAUUCCUCUGCAUCCCUUAUCUACCCUUAGCUGGAUACACAAUAAAUUAGUUUUGAAGUUUUCAA